GAAGAUGAGCUACGGGUCAGACCAUUACAUGUCCUCGUCCUAUAGAAAAAUAUUCGGGGAAUCCCCUCGCCUUCCCGGUUCCUCAUCUAGAAUGAGCAAUGCCUCUUCACGGAGUUCUAUGUCUUCCAGCGGUUUCAGGUCUCUCUCGCUUUCCCGCAGCAGCGCAUCUCCGGCGGGCUAUUACAAGAGAUCGGGCCGCUCAUCUUCCUUUUCACCGGUCCAUUUCGACAGCGUGGAUUUCUCACAAACAUCUGUGUUAAAUAACGAUUUUAAAAUCAUUCGAACCAAUGAAAAGGAACAACUGCAGGGUCUCAAUGACCGCUUUGCCACGUUUAUUGAGAAAGUGCGCAAUGUGGAGCAGCAGAAUAAAGUACUGGAGACAGAACUGGUGACCCUGCGCCAGCGGCAGAAUGAGCCUUCCAGACUCGCGGACCUCUACCAGCAAGAGAUCAGAGAUCUGCGCGCCCAGCUGGAUGAGGCGAACAGUGAAAGGUCUCAUGUUCUCAUCGAGCGAGACAACAUCGAAGACGACUUGCAGAAACUUCGAGGCAAGUUUGAGGAGGAGAUCCGAGCUCGAGAGGAGGCUGAGCAGACUCUCAAAGCCUACAAGAAGGACGUGGAUGAUGCCACGAUGGUCCGCGUGGACCUGGAGAGAAGAGUCGAGUCCCUCUUGGACGAAAUCAAUUUUCUGAGAAGGGUACACGACGAAGAGGUGGCGGAGUUGACGAGUAUGAUCCAAGCUGCCCAGAUAUCUGUGGAAGUGGAGAUGUCUAAGCCUGAUCUUACUUCGGCUCUUAAAGAGAUCCGUGGGCAGUACGAAACGAUUGCCUCUAAAAACCUGCAGUCUGCAGAGGAAUGGUACAAAUCAAAGUUUGCCAGUCUGAAUGAACAAGCCACUAAAACCAACGAGGCCAUGAGAGCCACGAGGGAGGAGAUCAACGAUUACAGAAGACAACUACAGUCGAAAACCAUUGAAAUCGAAACCUUGCGAGGCACAAACGAGUCACUUGAACGACAGAUCCGUGAGAUGGAAGAUGCACACAAUGCCGAUGUCGCAGGUUAUCAGGAAACAAUUGGGCAGCUGGAUCUUGAACUUAGGAAUACCAAGAGUGAAAUGGCUCGUCACCUCAGAGAGUACCAGGACCUUUUGAAUGUCAAGAUGGCAUUAGACAUUGAAAUUGCAGCAUACAGAAAGCUACUGGAGGGUGAAGAAACCCACUUCAGUUCUGGGUUGACUUUUUCCAGCACACCCAGCAUCAGCUAUGGGUAUCAGAGUCACCCUGCUUUUACCCCAACCCGCAAUCCCAAAAAAGAGAAAGAGGAGGAGGGGCAAACCAAAUCUAAAACAACAGCCAAAUGGGAUGAAAGCAUUGAGGAUACCACUGCUAAGAAGAAGGCAGAAAAGAGUGAUAUAGUUGAUGUUAAUUCUAAUUAAAAUCUGACAUACAUUAUUCAUUAUGAUAAUUAAAACUGUUCUUCUAUAGUUAUUUUCCAACCGUCUUUCAUUCAUUAGGGAGACUGCUAUUCCUACCCCAUUGCUUAAUAACAGUUUAAAUGUUUGGAGCAGUAAACACUGACAAAAGAUGCAAACUUCCACUAGGUUAUCAUUGCAAUUAACCCUUUAGAUAUGGUUACUGUGACAUAGUGUUUCAAAAUCAUAUCUGCAGUGUGCUGUUUUACACACCAGAAUGUAGGCCUCAAAUUCCCUGUGUUUUUCUUAAUUGUUGUAGUUUCAGCAUUUUAGACAUGUUAAUGAUUUUAGGACCAGAAAUAUAUACAUAAUAUAUAUAGAGGGAUGACCAAAAUUGAACAAUCAUUAACUUUGAUUCAGUGAAUUUGGAUGCUUUUGUAAGUUUGUUGGAGAGCACUAUGGCAUAUAUUCAAUAAGGGACCAAAGCACUGAAUCUUACAUCAACUGUACCACAUGUAUGCCUUAACCACAACAACAGCAUUGAUGUUGUUGUAAUGUAAUGUUUGUUCAGAAUAGUCUGUUUUCAUUCAUCAGUUUCCAACUUCACUGAACUCUCUGUACCAAAUCA